AUGGAUGGUUCCGAUCCAAAUACUGUGUUUGUGUUCCCAAAGGGACUUGUCCACUUCCCACCUCAUACUCACCCUCGUGCCACAGAGAUACUGACAGUGUUGGAGGGCUCGCUCUUUGUUGGCUUUGUUACCUCAAAUCCAAACAACACACUGAUCACAAAGGUUCUGAACAAGGGAGACGUGUUUGUGUUCCCAAAGGGACUUGUCCACUUCCAGUUCAACAACGGUACAGGCAAUGCUGUAGCUCUUGCUGGAUUGAGUAGCCAGAACCCUGGAGUCAUCACUAUUGCCAACACAGUGUUUGGGUCCAAGCCAUCCAUUGCGGACAAUAUAAUAGCCAAGGCCUUCCAGGUCGACAAGGAAACAGUGGACUUAAUGCAAGCUCAGUUCUAA